UAAUGUUUAAAUUAAUUUUUUCCAGCUGAGUAAACUACGAGUGAGCCCAGACCCAGUAUUGAUCGAAGGGAAUAUAACAGUGGACCUGAACUCUUAUCUUGGAGUGAAUGUUGAUGCGCCAAUCUCGGCUGACGUGAAGGUUGAACGCCGCCUUGCUGGUCUGGGUGGAUGGAGGUGCCAUGCAUUGCUGGUCUUGGGUCAUGUCACUAUGAAGAUGUGUGCGAGUUGGUUCCAUUUCCUCCUGCUGAGCCUUGUCCAGACCCAUUCCCUAGGUUCAAAUUGCCAUGCAGAUGUCCAUUCACAAAGGGACAUUAUGUUGUGAAAGAUGGAGUCUUUAACAUCCCAGGGAUUUUGAACAUAAUUCCUGGAUGGUUAGUGUCUGGUGACUACUACGUAAGUGGUGUUGGUUACCAGAAUGGGAAGAGGCUUGGCUGCUAUUCAGUGUACGCAUCUAUUACGGACUAAUGCUUUCAACGCCAUGAUUGUUUUUGAAUUUAUAUUGUGAUAAGUCAAUCAUCCUCUAUGAGUGAGAGGUACAUGUGUACCAGGAGUUUAAAAAUUUGUGCUUAAUGGAAAAAAGUAUAUUUUUAAGGAUAUGAUAUUGACUUUUUGGUAUAGAUAUGAGAUUUUAAAUGUGGGGAAAUUAAUAACCACAGUUACUGGUAUAUUUUUACCCUUGUAUUUUACAUAUUUGCUUAUAUAGUUAGAUGAUGAGAACAGGAAAUGGUAUGAGGACAUGCAGGAUGUUUAUUUUUUCAGAUAUGUAGGCUUUUUAUUUAGGUUGUUGCUAUUAAAGCAACAA